AUGUCAAUAUCCGCCGCUCGAAAGCGCGUAGUCGUUGCAGUGACGGGCGCGACAGGAGCACCACUGGCCGUCAGUCUCCUCAAGAAUCUGCGCCGUCUCGAUGUCGAAUCCCACCUCACCAUGUCCAAAUGGGGAGCCGCAACCCUCAAAUACGAACUCGACUCACCACACAACACACCAAGUUACCUGCAAUCACUCGCCCAUACAACUUACGCACCCCGGGACGUCUCAGCGGCCAUAUCCUCAGGGUCCUUCCGAACAGACGGGAUGAUUGUCGUCCCCUGUAGCAUGAAGACGUUGGCUGGAAUUCGGAUGGGUUACGAUGACGAUUUAACGACUCGCGCGGCGAGCGUGACGCUCAAGGAGCGGAGGAGACUUGUCCUUGUCGCGAGAGAAACGCCGCUGAGCUCGAUCCAUUUGGAGAAUAUGUUGGAGUUGACGCGGGCGGGGGCUGUGGUGUUUCCGCCGGUUAUGGCGUUUUAUACCCGGCCCAAGGAUAUAGAUGAGAUGGUGGAGCAGAGCGUCACGAGGAUGAUUGAUUUGCUGGAUCUUGGGCUGGACAAACAUAGUGAGGAGGGUGAGCGGUGGACGGGGUUCGAUUGGGAGGGGAAGAAGGGAGACGGGCGGAGAUAG